AUCUGCCAGGCAGCAGGGACACAGUGACGUUUUAGGAAUGCGACCAUAACAAGCGGAAGGGGUUUGACUAAAAUCCACAACAUUUCUUCUCAUAUGGCGGGAGUUCAUGGCAGGAACAAUUUAAUAAAUAAACCACUAGCAGCAACAGCGAGCAAAUUAUUUAUUUUCUUUUCUCACGGGUUUUGCCAACUGAAUUCUAUUCUCCCUUUUUAAAUAUGUUUGAGCGUUGAUUACAUCGCGUCUUCAGAGCGUAACAAGCCUUUAAAAAAAAAAAAAAAAAUGGCUGAUAGAAAACUGCCAGAAUGGAUGUCCUCAGAAGCUUAUGAGGAACUUGCAAAGCAAGCCAAGGCUCCCCCAAGAUCUCACAAGAAGAAUGUUUUGGAAGAUAACCUUCCAUAUCUGGAGUUCCCAGGCUCUGUUGUUUAUAGCUAUGAAUCUGGUGACUGUUCUUUUCUGUCAGAGGAUUUGAGGGAUACUCUUGCAGCGGGCUCCCCAGUAGGGUUUGAUAUAGAAUGGCCGCCGUUCACCAAUGGAAAAGCUGGAAAGGUAGCCCUCCUCCAGCUGUGCCCAUCAGAGAAGAAGUGUUACCUCUUCCACCUGUCUUCCAUGUCAGGGUUUCCAUCUGGUCUGAAACGUUUACUAGAGGAUGAAACAAUCAAGAAGGUGGGAGUUGGAAUAGAGGGAGACAGGUGGAAGCUUAUGAGUGACUGUGAUAUUAAACUGAGCGGCUUUGUGGAGCUGACUCAUAUCGCUAAUGAGAAGCUGAAAUGCACAGAGAAGUGGAGUCUUGAUGGUCUGGUGAAACAGCUGUUCAAGAAGCAGCUGUUAAAGGAGAAGUCGGUGCGCUGCAGCAACUGGGCCAACUUCACACUCACUGAGGACCAGAUGAAGUACGCAGCCACUGAUGCCUAUGCUGGACUUCUAAUCUAUCAGAAGCUUGAAAGUAAGGAUACUCAGUUGGGAGAGACAGUUUUGCAGCUGGAUAUAAAAGAAAAACUUCAACGUGUGUCCAGUGAAGUCCAGGAUUUAUUAAGUCAGGUUCCAGAUACAGUCAGUGACAGCAGAGGAGCUGCAGGUCUGUUAGACGACGUGUCUUUGAGCCUGGGUGCUUUGAGAAGCUUGCUGCUGGGGAGCACCUCCAAAACUCAGGCUCGAGUGGAAGAUGAACUUGAUCCUGAACUGGUGAUGGAACCUGCAGCUGAAGAACACAGUCCCUGCUCUGUCCAGAUGGAUUACAUAAAACAGAGGAUAUCUGGAGGCCAAGACUUCAACAAUUCAGGAGUGGAUCUCUUCAGCAAUGCUGCUGGUGGCGCUGAAUCUGCUAAAUCCAAGCAGAAGCUUGGUGAUUCUCACCCAAUGCCUAAACAAAAUGCAGAGAGAGAAUGCAUGAUGUCAUUGGACAUCACUGAUCUUCAGAUGUUGGAGGAACAAGCCAAGGAAGAGGAUUUGGAGGACAAUGCUGUGCUAGCAAUCAAGAAUCAAAGUGUAGUGGAUGAAGGAGCUGAUCUGUCCUAUGUUGUGGAAAGUGAUGAAGAGCUGGAAAGUGAAAUGCUGAAGUACCUAGAUGAUGUAGACAGCUUGAAUAGAGGCGAGACUAGUGACCCUGGCAACAAGACCAGUAUGCAGACUGUGACACCAGCGGAGGAAGAGGAGGACGAAGGAAUUGAGGAAGAGGAAGAUGAGUGGGAUUCUUCCAUUCCAGAACCUAACUCAAGACAGAUUAAAUGCCUUAAGAUGUAUUUUGGUCAUUCCAAUUUUAAGCCGGUACAGUGGAAAGUGGUGUACUCCGUUCUGCAGGAGAGGAGAGAUAACGUAGUUGUCAUGGCAACUGGUUAUGGGAAGAGCUUGUGUUUUCAGUUCCCGCCUGUUUACACUGGUGGAAUUGGGAUCGUCGUCUCUCCUCUGAUCUCACUGAUGGAGGACCAAGUGCUGCAGCUUCAAAUGUCUAACAUUCCUGCUUGCUUCCUCGGAUCAGCACAAACUGAAAAUGUUUUAACCGAUUUAUUUAAGGGUCGUUUUCGAGUGGUGUACAUGACCCCUGAGUUCUGUUCAGGAGGUACCUCUUUACUUCAGCAGCUGGAUAAGAAUAUUGGCAUCACGUUGGUAGCAGUAGACGAGGCUCAUUGCAUCUCUGAAUGGGGACACGACUUCCGAGGAGCGUACAGAAAACUGGGAUCAUUAAAGAGAGUACUUCCUAAUGUCCCUAUAGUAGCAUUAACUGCUACAGCAAGCCCUUCGAUCCGACAGGACAUCGUGAAUAGUUUGCACUUGGAUAACCCACAGAUUACGUGCACCAGCUUCGAUCGACCCAACCUGUUCCUGGAUGUCCAUCGCAAGUGUGGAAACAUCACACAAGAUCUUAAGCAGUUUCUUAUUAAAAAGAAAUCUUUUGAUUAUGAGUUUGAAGGCCCCGCUAUUGUUUACUGCCCUUCGAGAAAGGUGACUGAACAGGUCUCUGCUGAACUGUCAAAGCUUGGGAUAAACUGUGCCACCUACCAUGCUGGCAUGGGUAUCAAGCCAAGAAGAGAAACUCAUCACAAGUUUAUGAGAGAUGAGAUUCAGUGUGUUGUGGCUACAGUUGCUUUCGGAAUGGGGAUAAACAAGGCAGACAUCCGGAAAGUCAUCCACUAUGGAGCCCCCAAAGAAAUGGAGGCGUACUACCAGGAAAUUGGGAGAGCUGGGAGAGACGGAUUACCUAGUGCUUGUCAUGUAGUCUGGGGUUCAGGAGACAUGGCUUUGAACAGGCAUCUCCUGAGUGGUGUUAAGAGCGACAAGUUUCGGGGAUAUAAAAUGAAAAUGAUGGCAAAAAUGGAGAAGUACCUCAGCUCGCCCAAAUGCAGAAGGAAAAUCAUCUUGUCCCACUUUGAAGAUAAACAAUUAAGAAAAGCCAGCUUGGGCAUCAUGGGCACCGACAAAUGUUGUGACAAUUGCAGCUCCAGACCUCUGAUUUUUACAAGCUGUGAAUUCCUCAGGCUGCUGUAUGACCCCAGUGCAGACGACACCGAGUCUAACCUGCAGGAUUUCGGAAAGGAAGCCUACCAGCUGAUGUCUGCGGUCACUGCUCUAGGAGAGAAGUUUGGCACUGCCGUCCCGGUCCUCUUCCUGCGUGGAUCUUAUUCGCAGCGGUUGCCAGACAGGUUCCGUAAGAUGCCCCUGUUCGGCUGUGGCAAGAACAUCCCUGAAACCUGGUGGAAGGCUCUGGGACGGCAGCUCAUUACAGAGGGCUACAUGAAGGAGAACUCCGGACAAACCAAGUUUUCAAUCACCUGUGGCUUGGAUCAAAAGGGGAGGACGUGGCUCAGCAAGGCAAAUGAUGAAUCGCAUCGAACCCUUUUGCUUCAGCCAAACACCGAAUUGUGUGCCAGGUUUUUCACUGUGCCAAAUCGGUACCAAGCCCCAUCUUCUGCAGCCUCGCCAGCCCCAUCCAGCACUCACUCCUCGGGCGCAGAACCGCCGAAAUCUCAGAUUUCACAAUUUGCAUUUCCGGAAAGAGAGAGGCUUCAAAGAAUGUCUACUCCAACAAAAGCAGGCCUGCAGAUUUCAGCAUUCAAGUCUCCACCAAAGACAGCACCUUCACAACCUCCACCUCCUACUGUGUAUCCCAGGGAGCUGGAGCUUCAGGGGGUGUUGUAUGGCAAACUUGUGGCUGGCAGACAGAAGCUGGCCAACGAGAAGGACGUUCCUCCUGCAGUGCUGGCUACGAACAAGAUUCUCCUUGACCUUGCAAAGAUACGGCCAACCACUGUUGAAAAUAUGAAGAGGGUGGAUGGUGUGUCUGAAGCUAAAUCCAGUAUGCUGGCCCCUCUGCUGGUUGUCAUCAGUGAAUUCUGUCAGUCGGAAGACCUGGAGGCAAACACAUUUUCCAGCCCAUCUGGUGGCAUUGAGAGGAAGUGUCCCCCCGGGAUGAGCUCUUCAUGCAGUGCUCUUCCUGAUAGUGUUCGCAUCACCUACAAUCUCUUCCAGCAGCAGGGCCUGAGCUUGAGGAAGGUCGCUGACUCCAGGAGCUUGCCCGUGUCCGUGGUUGGUUCUCACCUGUCCCAGGCCCUGAAAAUAGGGUACCCCUUGGACACCGAGCGAGCCGGGCUGACACCUCAAACCCAGAGAAAAAUCACAGAUAUCAUCAGAAGUUCUCCCAUUAAUUCCGACCUGAGCAGACAGAAGGCUAUUCGAGACCUGGUCCCUCAAGACAUAGAGUCCUACCUCAUCAGUCUGACCAUCGCAUUACUGCAGAAACAAACUGGAAGUGGCCAACCAGGACAGCAGAGCACUGGCCAGUCUGGACCCAAACAAGGCCCCUCGAAUUCGGUCAGCCAGCAACAGAAGGUGGUGACCGUAAAGGAAGAGGCUCUGACCUGGAUUGAAGCAGAGGAGAAACCUGUGAAGAAAAGUGCACUGACAUCCUUGAUGACAAAGUGUCAGCCGGAGCAGGGUUAUGCUGAUGAAAUAGAAGAUGACCUGCUUAGUGACAUCCCUAUGCCAGUAAGACCGGAGAGUUGCACAAAGAAUCGUGAUGGGCCUUCGGCCCCCGCUCUGAAAGCUGGGAGUCAGAAGGCUGCUCUUGGAAUGGCUUCUUGGAACCAAGGAGAGCUGGAUGAAGACACUCAGGAGCUCUUUGGGGACUUGCAGUCUCAGAAUUUUAGCCAGCCUGCCAAGAGAAAAUUACCAGCAUGGUUUAAUGCAUCUAAAGGAAGCAGCUCUUCAUCUACUGCCACCAAGAAAGCCAAAACAAAAAAAGGUUUGUUCAUGUAGAAUUGAGAAUCUUCUGGGACCUGCCUAAGGAAGUUCUUAAUACAUUUGAGUAAAAUUCCAGAAUCUGGGAUCAGUCUUCACUUGAGCAAUAAGUUAACACAGUAUUCAUAAUUUGUAUGUACAAAACCAAUGCAUGUGUCAGAUUUCUUUAUCUAACAAAGAUAGCAUUUCAUUUAAUUACUUUAUUAAUAUACAGUAUAUGUAUAUAAAUGCAUUUAUAAACUGGUACCUUUUUUGCAAGGUGAUGAAAGCACUUUAUUACAAUUUUUAUGUAUGAUCAAUUAAAUGAUUUUUUUCAUUGUAAAUUAAA